ACAAGAUACAUAUCAUUGUCAGUCGGCAAUUCUAUCGCUCAGGAAAAACUGCAACACCAUCUGGACAAAUUAAACAUUAUGGCUCAGGAGCCACUGCCUGUUGACAACGUUGUGUAUGAGCUCUGUCUCCGUUACACUGUACUGGCUCGCUUGGCUCCACUCUGGAAUCAAGUAGAGAGGUACCUUGUCCACGGCAGAGACUUCCUCACCUCUUCUGCUCCCCUUGAUGCUGUGAAAUUGGAUAUUGUCAUCAAUGACAACGAUGUACACCUUGUGUUGUGGCCACUGCGCAUGAGACUGCCGCAAGUUUGUGCCCAAGACCUUCAUCAAUCCUUCACCUACUAUCCUCCAUCCCUCGUCAGAGACCUCUCUGGUCACAACGUCACCGUCCAUGUCUUACCCAGCUUGAACUUGGCGAACGUUGUUACGGUGUCAGAACAUUUUCUCAAUGAUUCCAUCUUCAAAUCCUACAAAGAUUUAAAACGCUACUGGAAAAAUUCUUAUGGGUACCGAUUGCCAGAGAGUGAGGAGGGGAUGGUCUAUCUGAAAGUGAAGCUUGGAUUAUGGUCUGAGACUCUGACGUACCCACUGAUAUGUGUGCGUGCGCGAACACCAGUCUUUCUACGCCAAAAUGAGCCACAGAUGGUGCUGAUGAAAAUAAUCGCAGACCUGCAUGCCAGAACACCAAACAUCUGUGGUUUUCCAUUCUCCAUCAAUACAACUUUUCGUUAUGCCGUACCGAAACUCAGCCCACUUACUCAGGUUGUGUAUCCUAGCAAUCUCACAGAAACCAAACCUCUGACGAAAAAGCUCAAGGUGAUGGAGUUAUCUGAGGAGUCACCACCUGAGAGUCCAAGUCAGCCUGUCAGUCAGUACACCUCUACACAGGCAAGCUCUUGGGGUGGAAACAGGAUUCACAGUGUAAGUCCUCCCACAUUCCUGCCAAACACUGCCUUCCCGGCCACCAACAAGCCAGUGUUCGUACCUGUUUUCACACCCAAGACUAAGUCCAGAUCCUCCUCAUCCACCACUUAUGUUCCUGUCUUCAAUCCCCAGCCCAGGACUCCCUCGCCCUCAUCGAAGUAUCAAUCACUUCCCGCCUCCCCUUCCUCUACCCGCGAAGAUUCUACAUUCCAGGAGAUUGUGGGACAGAAACCCAUAAGACCCAUGUUUGGAAUCGCACAGCUAUCUCAUGCCGCCAGUGAUAUCUUCCAAGGUUGUGAGCCUGAAUUGAACAGUUCACAAUCCAAUCAGUUUGUCCGUUUCCCACUGUUUAACCCAAGUGUCUCAGGACACCCAACGUACCGUAUGAAGGGCGAGAGAACGCUCUUGCACCUAUCAGAACCUGUAAGCAGCAAGAAGAUGCGCAACAAACCACAAGUACAGGAUGUGGACAUUCGUAAGCUUGCUCAGAUGAGAGAAGGUCUCAGCAAGGUUAACACCACGACCCUGAUAGCCUUCCUGAGACAAGAGGGUGUAUCUUGUAGGGUCAAGGACAAGAAGGGUGAUCUGGUAAUUAAAGUGUUAACACAUCUUCAGCUACCAGUCCCUGGUCCGUCCUCCCAGCCUCACUGCCCUUCUGAGUGAUUUGGUCGCUAGUCCGUCAAAUCAGUCUCAGAACUUUUACAGAUCUAUUACCUGUUACCAUGACAAGCUUUUACGUUAUUCUAAAUGAUGCAGAAAUAGCUAAACUGUUGUAAUUUUGUUGUAUGUUAUGAGUAGUUGGUUAUUUAUCAGGCAUAUUCAAUUUUAUCAGGACUAAUAUGUAAUAUUAAUGUAAUAGAAAUAGUAACUUGUUGGGUUUCUCAUGAAACUUUAAGACUGUGUUGUUUUUCUCAAGCAUAAUAUUAAUUUAUAAAUUAUAACAUCAUUAAAUUACAUAAUAUACGUUUCUAAGACUGAGAAUGUUUCUGUUUUAGUCUAUUUUACACAAUUAAUAUUAAAUCAUAACAAAAUAAAAUUUAAAAUAGUCUUGUUACCAUAAGGUAUUGUUUUAUAUCUGUUGUUAAAAAUCAUCAAUAAAUUGUUAAUUAUUUUUUUACCAUGUUGCUCCCUCCCCAUUGGUACAAUUCAGUUACAAACUUUCAUGUAAGAUGGAUGCUUUAUAAAAAAUAAAUUGAUGACAGAACUGUAAUUGGAUAAUGCAUGGUGAUGAGGGGAAUUUUGGAAUGAGCCUUUUGAGCACAGUAAAUUUAAUGAGUCAUGUUGUGGUGCCUAACAUGAUAUAUUUGUACAUAAUUUUAUCUACAUCUGUAUUAAA